AUGGCUAAUCCUGGUGGGAAUGUGCCUCGACGACCUCGUUCUUCUAUAAUGGGGGGAAUCCCGCAGUUUACCACUGCAUUAAUGAAUGCUCUUCCAGGUCAUAGGCCGAAUCAGACGUAUUUAGAGAUCGCUAGAAGUCAUGGAGUUAUUGAGUUGAAAUCUGUAGGGAAUUGUGAUGAGGCUGAGCAAUGGUUAGAGAAAAUGGAGGAUACUUUAGAGGCUAUAAAGUGUCCGUUAAAUGAGUGGGCAAACACUGCAGGUUUCUUCAUUCAGGGUAAUGCUAGGAGUUGGUGGAAAUCAACGAAGGAAUCUCGUCCACCUGGUUUUUGGAUGACAUGGGUUGCCUUCAGGAAACGUUUUAUUACUUACUUUUUAAGCCCCAGCUACAGAUUGAGGAAGAGGCAGGAGUAUUUAGAGUUUCGACAGGGUGACCUCAGCAUCACAGAAUUUGACAGUACCUUCAGGCGCUUGGCUAGGCAUGAUGAUGGGACUUAUGAUAAUCCACAAGCACAGAUGGAUCAGACGAUAAUUGCUCUGAACCAGGAGUACCGUACAUUGGUAGCUGCUCAGAGACCUAGAACUUAUGAAAAAGUAAUCGAGAUAAGUCUGAGUGCGGUGGCACUGGGCAUUUUGUUCGUGAUUGUCCCUCAGCACCAUCUGGUGAUUUUACUUCUGGCUCAGGCUACAGUGGAUAUCAGCCAGUUCAGAAUUUUGGCGCUCGACAGAGCUAUGAUGGCGGUGGCAGUAGUAGUCGGAGUUAUGGUAGCAGUACUAAUCAGAACUAUGAGGGUAACAGAGGUUUGCAGUUGGGUGGCAAAGGUAACUAGAGUUUUAGAGGGAGUGACAGCUGGAGUGCUCAGUUUUCGACCCAGCAGCAAGCUGGAACAUCUUCUGGUAAUAGUAAUCAGGGCAACAGAGCAGGACAUGGUUCCAGAAAUUGUGGCAGUCGGAACAAUAAUGUGGGGUAUCAGAGUUUUAAUUGAUCCGGGUGCCACACAGUCUUUCAUUUCUUCAUCUUUUGCUCGGGUUAUAUCUUCUCAACCUCAGCCACUAGGUUUUGAUAUGCUGAUUCAAAUGCCAAGUGGUGAAUUGUUUUGUGCUCAAUGGCAAUAUCAGAAUUGUCCAGUUAUUGUUGAAGGGGAAAACUUAGAGAUUGAUUUAAUUCUUUUCAAACUGGCGGAGUUUAAUGUCAUUCUAGGAAUGGAUUGGCUAUCUAAGCACCGAGCGAAUGUUGCAUGUUGGGAAAAAAUUGUGAUGUUCAACUCGCGAGGACUUCCAACAGCUACAUUUAUGGGUGAGCGACGUGUCCUCCCCAAUAGUAUUAUGUCUGCCAUUCGAGCAACUAGGAUGUUAAAUAAGGGUUGUGUGGGGUUUUUAGCCCACGUAGUUGUGAAUGACAAACCUUCUUUACGUCCAGAAGAGGUGCCAGUUGUAAGGAACUUCAUCGAUGUGUUUCCUGACGAUUUACCUGGGUUGCCAUCCACGAGGGAAAUUGAGUUUACUAUCGAUUUACUCCCAGGUGCUCAGGUAUUUUCCAAAAUUGAUCUUCAAUCGGGUUACCAUCAAUUGAGGAUUCACGAGGAUGAUGUCCCGAAAACUGCUUUCCGUACGAGGUAUGGGCAUUAUGAAUUUCGUGUCAUGCCUUUCGGAUUGACAAAUGCACUUGCAGCAUUCAUGGAUUUGAUGAACAGAGUCUUUAGACCGUAUUUGGAUCAAUUUGUGAUUGUGUUCAUUGAUGACAUUCUAAUUUAUUCUAGAAGUGUUAAUGAGCACAAGAAGCAUUUGAGACUAGUGUUGGAAUGUCUGAGGGACAACCAGCUUUAUGCCAAGUUCAAUGACAGUGGUGAAUUUGAGGUGUAUAUUGAUGGUUCUCUAUCUGGUUUUGGGUGUGUACUGAUGCAGCAUGGAAAAGUGAUCGCCUACGCUUCCAAACAACUCAAAACCCAUGAAAGAAAUUAUCCCACUCAUGAUUUGGAGUUAGGAGUAGUGAUUUAG